AUGGAGCUAAAGGAGCAUCGCACGUUGGUCCGUUUGCGAGCCUCCCGCGUGACGUCACGCGCCUCGCUCAACGUGGACAUGAACGAAAUUCAGGCGCCAGAACCGAGCGGUAACCCGUUGGUCAGUUUUUGGUGCAAACGAAAUGGAGCUCACCCACGGGUCAGUUUUGGCGCGAACGAAAUAGAGCUUACCCAUGGGUCAGUUUUGGCGCAAACGAAAUGGAGCUCACCCAUGGAUGCACGUCAGCGCAUGACUACAGAAGAGGUCUUAGGCCUUCUCGAUAACUCAGAUAUUGACUUAUCAGAUGGAGAAGUUGAUGAUGAAAUGUAUGAGGAUACAGAUGGGGAUCCAGAUUUUGAGGCAAAUGAGGACGACCUUGCAGCUGAGAGCAGUUCUGAAUCGGACGAAAGCCUGGCAAUGGAUGAUGGGGAGGCAGAGCCAGUUCCCUCUACUAGUAGAGGACCGCCGACUAGAGGUCGCCCACGAAGCAGACGUGGAGUUGGCGGACGCGGUAGAAGUAAUGCUCCGGCACGUAACACUGGAUUAAAAUGGACAAAUGAUAAAUUUCAACCUCAGAAAGUCACACAAGAUGCACAAAGUGACCAGCAGUCCGGUACAGAUCGACGGGACGAUUGGGCCCCUAAAGACUACUUUGUUCAGUACAUAGACAAUGAACUGUAUGAAAUGAUGGCAGAAGCAACUAAUCAAACAGCAGUUUUGAACACGGGAAGGUCUUUAGACGUGACUGCUGAGGAGAUGGCGAAAUUUUUCGGCAUUAAUAUUAUGAUGGGGUGCUUGAAGUAUCCUCGAAUUCGAAUGUAUUGGGCCACCAGCACAGGCGUACUGGCAAUUAAACAGGCGAUGAGCAGAAAUCGCUUUUUCAAAAUACGCUCUAAUCUGAAGGUAGUUGUAGACAUCAAUGUUGCAGAAAACGAGAAACAGCGUGACAAAUUAUGGAAAGUUCGUCCAUUUCUGGAUAAAAUCAAACAAACUUGCCAAACACUCCCCAGGCCUCAGAAUGUGUGUGUCGAUGAACAGAUGAUACCAUUCACUGGCCAUGUAGGCAUAAGGCAGCACAUUCGUGGGAAACCAUAUCCAACUGGCUUGAAAAAUUUUGUUCUGGCAGCACCAUCCGGGAUGGUGUUGGACUUCGAAAUAUUUCAGGGAAAAAGGUUUUUUCCCGACGCUGACACAUCCACUUUAUCACUGGGAGGGCUUGCAGUCCUUAGACUGACACAAACCAUCAACCCCAAUACAUCAGUCUUUGUUGACAGAUAUUUCACCAGCAUGCCACUUUUGGAUUGUUUACUGGACAAGGGAAUAACUGUUACUGGGACAAUUACGAAAAACCUGGUACCACGUAAUGCCAAAAAUUGCCUGAAAAAUGACACUGAUCUGAAACGACAAGGCAGAGGGUCAAUUAAUGAAAUUGUUCGGGAGGACAACAAAGCAUGCAUUAUUCAGUGGUACGAUAAUAAAACUGUGCUAUGUAUGUCCAGUGAAUUUGGCGCUGAUCCAACCAACACUUGUAGAAGGUGGUCCAAGGAUGAUAAAGCAUACAUCAAUGUACCACGACCGUCAAUUAUAAAGGAAUAUAACGACAAAAUGGGUGGCGUCGAUCUCAGUGACCGGAUGAUCUCGUAUUAUCGCAUCAAUGCUCGCACCAAGAAAUGGACUGUGGGAACUGUGUUGCACAUGACUGACAUGUCAUUGGUAAAUGCUUGGCUUCAAGAGCGAGAGGAUCUUCUGGAAAAAGGCACCACAACUAAGCAUCUCAGGGAGUUCUUAGACUUCCGCCUUGCUGUCAGUGAACAUUUACUGUAUCCCCAGGGAAAUACAAAUGCUGAUCCGGAAGAUAGACCUCCCCGAAAGCGGAUUGCCCUGCCACCAGAGGCUGCACGCAAAUCUCAAGCGCUUCACAUGCCAAGGUUCAUUGACUUAAAGAAUGCGGCGAGAUGUCGCAAUCCUGAAUGCAAGCGUGUUUCGAGAAUCCGGGUUCCCUGCCAGGAGCAGGAGGUGAUAAACAACACAGAGCUAAGUGAGCGAAAUGCUCAUUUUCGCUGA